AUGGUAUGGAAGGGUGUUCCAGGCAGCGGGAACAGCACGGGCAAGGGCUGGAGGGGUAAGAGCGGUGUUGGCGAGUUUGAGACAUUGGGAGUAGAGCAGCGUCCAGGUUGUGGGACAGAUAAGGCCAUUGGCAUUUCAGUGCGGCAGGUGGAGCUGCGGCCCGAGUGCCCUUUCCAAAGAGAGAUGUGGCAGGAACUUGUGCUCGCGAGCGUGGCAGCCGGCUCUGGAGCCAGAACUCCCUGCAUCGCAUCCUGCACCAUCACCGAUGCCGCACACCUCAGCGCCUUUGUCCUGAAAAAUGUGGAGGACUGUGGGCCACUUGGGUCGCCUCCUCACUGGGCCCCCAGUGUCCACUCCUGCACCCUUAAAGUCAAUUUCUCGCAUGACAGCUCCAAGUCAGUGCCGCUGCUGACAUUCCCAGAAACUAUUCAGGGCGUCAUCCAGAGUGACCUCAACUACUCGGUGAUCUUGGAGUGGGUGACAACAAUGAACCCGGAGCCCGUGCUGAGCUGGACCCUCAAUGGGAAGAUCUGUGGGACCGGGGAGAAGCUGUUCAUCUGGCAGUUGUCCCGGGAGCAGCUGGGCACCUACGUGCGCACGGCCACGAGCAGCAAGGAGCAGCUGUCCUCCCACCCCGUGACUGUCAUGCUGCCAUAAGCCGUCGUGGAUCCCACGGACGUCGUGGAGCUCAUCGAGCCAGAUCCCACUCUCUCCCUGUCAGGAGGGCCUGCCAUCGCCCUCCUCGUGGCUGGAAUCCUGGGAGGCCUGGUCUUGAUGGGGGCCGUGGGCUCAUUGCUCACCAAGCACUAGAGGUACCGCCCG